GUAAAGUUCUCCAGAUUCGACACCAAGAAGAAGCAAAUCACAUUUUCUCUCCUAGAAAAUCCAACUGAUUCCAAUGGUAGUCUUUCGAUCGAUGAAGACCGAAGAACUGUCUCAGAUGCAUUGGCUGGAGAUCCUCCGUAAAAUCAAUGAUCCUUUCGAAACAUCCGUCGCCGGCGAGUCGAACUCGUCGGGCAAUCACGAUCGUAAGCUGACCAAGCUUCUGGUUAAUGUUACGAUCGAGCAGAGCGUAGGACCUGUUCAUCUCCUGUUGUCGCCGGAGAAUACUGUGGAAGAUCUUAUCAAAGCUGCUUUAAAUGUUUACGUGAAAGAGCAGAGAAGACCGUUGUUGACUCAUUCGGAUCCUCAGUGUUUCGAGCUUCAUUACUCCCAAUUUAGCUUGGAAUGUUUGAACCGGAAGGAGAAGUUAAUUGAUUUGGGAUCGAGGAAUUUCUAUUUGUGCUCAAAGCGGACCAACCACGUCAACUCACCGUGUUCGGACGAAGCCAAGAAGACGGCUGCUAAUAAGUCACCAUUUCCAUUUCCAUGGACGAGGCUCAUGGAUUUCUUGCUAUAAAUUAUAGAUGAUGGUUCUCUCACAGAACUAUACUUUCCUUUUUCCUUAUUUUUUUUACUUCCAUUUCGGAAUCGCAUUUUUGUAUACACUGAUACACGUAUACAAACAUUGUUAAUAUCUAUCCCUCAUUUAAAUUAAGAGGUCAUGAUUAUCGGUUAAAGAAAAUGAAAAAGAAAAUAAAAUUUA